AUGACAGGACGAGGAAUCAGCGACAAACAUGAUUUGAUGAAGACCGAAAGCCUUCACAUCAUGCGCGUUGCUGGUUUCACCGUCCUUUUCUCGGCCGAUGUCGAUGCAGUUGAUGAAUGUGGCUGUGCAGUCGAAAUGAAAACGGGCAACCCAAAGUAUUUCGGCACAACGGUCAUGUUCCAGAUGAUCUCGAGUGGAGCACGCACUCUUCUUAGUGCAGACAUCAACAAGAGGAUGCAUCCUCCACGCUUGAACGCAAUCAAGCAGAUCAAGAUAGAGCAGCUGGUACAUUCGAACAGUUCUUUGCUGCCCUCUGCCGAGAAGAACAUCUCCGAGUGUUUCAGCCACUUGAAGAUUUCCAGGGAGAUCGAUGAGAACUUUGCAACCGAGGUUGACUUCCGUUCAGGUGAGUUAGUCCUGAAGCCACGCAGUGAUGCAGAUCUCUUGCCAAGCAGAGCUGAGGUAGAUCGUCUCUUGGCAUGA